CCACAAUAAACUUUUUUUGGGGAGCACCAAAAACCCAGGCGUUCACUGAAAAACCUCGGGUUGAAUCCCAGUCGAUAAACACCAAAGUGCCAUUCUCCCUGAGAGGCACACCAACUGCACCGACACCGACAUUAUUGAACACAUACCUCUUGUCGCAAUUCAGCAUCGAGACUUCCACCAUGCCGAAAGCACCCUCCUCUCUCCCCGGCAAGAAACGCCAUAACCCUCUGGCCGACGAUUUGGUCGCCACCGGAGUCCUCAAGAACAAGCCCUCAAAGCGAAAGACCAAGGCCGAGCCCGAGGAAGGAGAGAGAUAUGUCGACUCUCGCGCAAGCAAGAAUAUUCUGGCGAUGAGCCGGGAGCUACUCCAGGAAGAUGAGCAGCAAAGCGAAGAAGAAAAAGGCGGAGAACGAGGAGCCUUCGAUUUCAACCCGUCAAACUUCGACAGUCGCGAGCAGGAUGAAGAACUUCACGGCGAAGACGAAACCUGGGGUGACGAAGAGGAGGAAGUAGAGGAGAUUGAAGUAGAGGCUGGUGACCUGGAGGUGUUCCAUAAGUUCAUCAAGCCCUCUAUGGAGGACGAUCCGCUCCUUACGCAUGGCUGGGAUAUGAAGGGUGAUGGUGGUCAGGAGCAGCAACAGGGUGGUGGACAAGAUCUGGCCGAAAUAAUCCUGGCCAAGAUCGCUGAACAUGAAGCUCAGCAACAAGGCGGGUGGCACGACGACAACCCGGCCGACGAGGAACACGUUUUGCCACCAAAGGUCAUCGAAGUCUUUGAAAAGAUUGGAAUGUUUCUUUCUCGGUACCGUAGUGGCCCUCUCCCGAAGCCGCUAAAGGUGCUCCCUCAGAUCCCCGGCUGGGAAGCCAUACUCCAGGUCACCCAACCCCACAACUGGACUCAUCAUGCCGUUUUUGCUGUCACCAGAAUCUUCGUGGCAGCCAAGCCAAAGGUUGUCCAGCGGUUCAUGGAGAUGGUUGUUCUUGACCAUGUCCGUGAGGACAUCUCCGAGAACAAGAGGUUAAAUGUACAUCUAUUUAACGCUUUGAAGAAAGGUCUAUACAAGCCGGCUGGUUUCUUCAAGGGAUUCCUUCGGCCAUUAGUUGCCUCAGGGGUUACUCUUGUCGAAGCGCGUGUCGUAAGUGGUGUUCUCACACGCGUGUCGAUCCCUGUGAUACAUUCGGCCAUGGCCCUCAAAGAGUUGUGCGAUUUUGCGGCGGAGAUGGUUUCAUCAAAGAACGAGUCUAAGAAGCGAAGCGAAUCCUCGGAACAAGCCCCUGUCGACGAUGGCAAGUUUGAUGCAGUCAAAAAGUAUCUCGAUCGCCUGCCCGAGGCGGAGAAGCCGGUCCCAGAACAGAAGACCGAUGUCGAACCGAACACCAAGGGCCGUCGUGUGCGCUUUGGAAGAGUGCUGUGGCAUCGCCGGAGGUCGACCCGAGCAACGGACAACUCAAACCCGAGCUUGUCAGAUGUGGACCGCAAAGAACGACCCAGCGGUCCGGCGAUAUGGUUGACACAGUUUCCAGGCGGAGAGGCAACUCGUGUCCAUACUCCGCCCUACAAAGAAGACACAGUCGACGGACGACCGCGUAGUCUCUUCUUUGACGUAGCUCGGCCAAACAGUCGACACGAUCAGACUCCAUCCGAAACAUCCUCUACGCGAGAGAAAGUCGGUAUCCGAACCUCCCGGUCGUCCCCAUUGAAUGUGAAGAGCCGUGGCAGAAGAUCGCAACAGAGAAGUUCGGCCAGCGGCGCAUCGGGAAGAGGUCUUGGGGGCAGUAUCUCGCCGUACAGAGUUCCAUCGCCCCGUAAGGCGAAAGAGGAUGGCUCCCCAAGUCGGAGCAAAAGCGGACCUGCAAAAACAAGAGAAAAGACCAGAUCCCCCCUUGCCACCACCCCAAAAGAAAGUGUCAAAGAGUGGUGGGACGCACCUUUGAGAACGCCAGACACCCCACCUUCUACACCGACACCCCGAACCCGGGUCACGAGAGCAACCACGGGGACAGCGGCGAUGUUCAAGUUUGAUGUGCCGGAGCACUUGCCCAGCAGUCCCAUGUGCCCUGCCAAUCCCAAGAAUCCCAAGUCAUUGGGGAAGGGGGUCUGCGUGUAUCAUGGGAGACGACGGAGUUCACGUUUUGGGUUGGCGGGGUCGGAUUCUUUGCUUUCUCCGAAGGUUGAGAGGGAGGAGGCGGCUUAUGACGAUGGGAGUAAUUCUAUGUAAUGCUUGAUUAACCACGCGUGGGAAUGUUUAAAGAAUAUUCUGUAGUUCAGUUU